AAUAGUAUCAGACAUGUCAAUAAAAAGGCUUUUUUACGAUUACGAUAUAUAAAACGGAUAAAAUUUAAAAUUAAUUAAUAGUCGUCCCGAUAAUUUUCACAAUGAGGUCGACAGUCGUUCUUUUAAUAUGCAUCUUAAUUAAUAGCAACGCGAACGCUAGAUACCUGAAAAGCAACCUUUUAUCUUCCGUUGACUGUUCAAUACCGUCAAACCAAGUGAUUUUGCAUCCGCAUCCCACCGACUGUACCCAAUAUCUCCAAUGCGUCCAUGGAUCCCCCAUGGAGAGACCGUGCGCUCCCGGAACUGAAUUUAAUGAUCAAAUAGGAAAUUGUGACCAUCCAUGGGCCGCGAAUUGCUCCAGAGAUCCCCCAGUAGAGGAGGUGGAAGAAUCAGACAGUGAUAAUGAAAGCGAACAAGUAAAACCAGAACCUGAGUCUGAAGAGAACGCAAAUGAGGAAUCCGAACAAGUGGAUAAUGAGAAAAGUAACGAGGACGAUGAAGGAAAGGAAGCUUCUGAGGAAAACCAACCGGAGACAGAUAACGAAAAUGAAAACAAACAACCAGAAUCCGAAGAAGCAAAAGAGCCAUCGAAUGAAUCAGAAGAGAAGCCGGCAGAUAAAUCGGAAGAAGAUAGCGAAUCGCCUCAAAACCCUGAUGAGGACAAAAAAGACUCUGAAGAGGCCAAUGAUAGUCAGCCAGAGGUAGAAGACGUUCCGGAUAAAUCAGAAGAACAAACCGGGGAGGAUAAAGAGAAACCAGAAUCCAAAGAAGAGGAAUCAGAGAACGUUCCAGAAAAAUCAGAAGAACAAAACGAGGAAGAUAAAGAAGCUGAUGAAGAGAAGCCAGAAUCCAAAGAAGAUGAAUCAGAGAACGUUCCAGAAAAAUCAGAAGAACAAAACGAGGAGGAUAAAGAGAAACCAGAAUCCAAAGAAGAGGAAUCAGAGAACGUUCCAGAAAAAUCAGAAGAACAAAACGAGGAGGAUAAAGAAGCUGAUGAAGAAAAGUCAGAAUCCAAAGAAGAAGAAUCAGAAAACGUUCCAGAAAAAUCAGAUGAACAAAACGAAGAGGAUAAAGAAGCUGAUGAAGAGAAGCCAGAAUCCAAAGAAGACGAAUCAGACAACGUUCCCGAUAACACCGAAGAACCAACAGAAGAGAAUAACGAGCCUUCGCAAAGUCCUGAAGAUGAAAGAGAAAAUGAACCUGAAGAAAAACCAUCCAACGAAGAUCAGCAAGAGGACAGUUCAGAAAAACCAGAAGAACAAAACGAGGAGGAGGAUAAAGAAGCUGAUGAAGAAAAACCGGAAUCCAAAGAAGAUGAAUCAGAAAAUGUUCCCGAUAACACCGAAGAACCAACAGAAGAGAAUAACGAGCCCUCUCAAAGUCCUGAAGACGAAGAAAAACCAUCAGAAUCCAAUGAAGAUCAGACAGAAGAACAAGAACCAUCGGUAGAAGAUGAAACCGUCACAGAACCCGAAGUUACAGAAUCAUCAUCGGGAUCAGAUGAGUUGGAAAAUGAAGUUACUGAGCCCAAUGAGAGUGAAGAAGGAUCUACAACAGAAGUAGAUGCACCAAUAGUCCCAGGGGAAGAUGAGGAAGAACUUUCUACUCCUUCGUCUGAUAGUGUGGAAGAAACUGAAAAUGCUGAAGGUUCUGGCAGCGAAGAAGAAGAAACAGCAGAUGAACUAAGCGCUUGUGCUAAGCAACCUAACGAGGUCUUUGUAAUACCAGCUCCAAAUAAUUGUAAUCAAUUCAUACUCUGUAUGUUCGGACAAAGCCAUCUUAUGACCUGUGAAUCUGGAUACCAUUUUGACCAAGAGUCCAAAAUCUGCGUCGAAGGUGUUUGUUAAUUAAUAUUUUAUUAAUGUAUUCAUAAUAGUAAAUAAAGUAGUGUAAAUAUUUUUCA